UGGCGUCUGUGAGAACCUGCGGAAGCUGGAAAUCACCGGAGUAUCCUGUCGAGAUGUGUAUGCCAAACGUAUAAACCCACGAGUGAAGUCGGGGCGUUUUAUGAAAAUUCUUCCUGACUACGAGCACAUGGAAUACAGGGAUGUUUACACCUGCCUGCUUCACCGGUACCGGCAUAUUUUGGGACUCUGGCAACCAGACAUUGGACCAUAUGGGGGUCUCCUAAAUGUGGUGGUUGACGGCUUGUUCAUCAUCGGCUGGAUGUACUUGACCCCCCACGACCCUCACGUGGAUGGCCCCAUGCGAUUGAAGCCCCUCUUUAGGGUUCACCUAAUGGAGAGGCGGAGUGCCACGGUUGAGUGUAUGUACGGGCACAAGGGACCCCACAGCGGGCAUAUCCAGAUUGUGAAGAAGGAUGAGUUUUCGACCAAGUGCAACCAGACAGAUCACCACCGUAUGUCAGGAGGGAGACAAGAGGAGUUCCGGACGUGGCUACGAGAAGAAUGGGGGCGGACGCUGGAAGACAUCUUCCACGAGCACAUGCAGGAGCUCAUCUUGAUGAAGUUCAUCUACACAAGUCAAUACGACAACUGCUUGACAUACCGACGCAUUUACCUCCCUCCACGCAGUCCGGAGUAUCUUAUCCAGCCAGGCCUUUUCAAAGGGACUUACGGGAGCCACGGCCUUGAAAUCGUCAUGCUUAGCUUCCAUGGAAAAAAGGCCAAGGGAACUAAAAUCACGGGUGAUCCCAACAUCCCAGCAGGCCAGCAGACAGUCGAGAUUGACUUGGCCCACCCCAUCCAGCUCCCUGACAUUGAAAACCUGAGUAACUUCAGUGAGCUCUCCCGGAUCAUCCUGGAGGUGCGAGAGCAGGUGCGGCGGGAGCAGCAGCAGAAGGAGGAAGGCUUCCAGGAGGAGUCGGCGCCAGAAGCUGAGGGCCAGCAGCAGGACGGGGCUGGAUUGGAGGCACCUGGAGCUGCAGAAGAAGCCCCGGCCUCUGGCUCCCCACCCUCCCCCUGUCCUUUUGUCCUGCCAGGCGGGAUUGCAUCCCGAAACGAGGAUUAUCCCCGCACCUGCAGAGCAUGCUUCUAUGGGACUGGCCUCAUAGCAGGCCACGGCUUCACCAGCCCCGAGCGAACCCCUGGCGUCUUCAUCUUGUUUGAUGACGACCGUUUCGGCUUCAUCUGGUUGGAGCUGCAGUCCUUCAGCCUUUACAGUCGGAUCAAGGUCUCCUUCCAGAACGCCGAGGCUCCAUCGCAGGAGGCUUUUGAUGAGAUGCUGAAGAACAUUCAGUUACUGACUUCAUGAUGGUGGCCACCCAGGAACCCGAGGAAGGAAGGAUCCCUUCUCCCAUCACGGGGGACUGGGCGCCCGACCUCAGAGCGAGGGACCACGUGUCCUUCUCCAUAAGGCCUUUUUAUCAAAUUGUAUUCACCUUCUCCUUAGUGCGCUAACGUUCCUUUCCCAAUAUGUCAUGUAUAGUUUGUAAUAUAGCUUUAUAUAUUGGGAGGGCCGCUUGCAUGCUUGUGUUUUCAUUUCCCCCCUUCCCUUGAAAGUUUGGGGCCUGAGUUGGGGCAAACACGUCCAGCCUCUCACAGACCAUGUAAAUAGCCUCAAAGCAGCUGUAAGGCUCUUGAGAAUAUUAAACCAGCCGCAACCACUUGACCGUCCCCCCGGGCGAGCAAGAUGACUCCGUAGCUUCGGGUUUCUUUUCAGAAUGUGCUCUUCUCCUUUGAAAGCCCCUUUUGGUUUGGGCUCUCUGUUAAAUAGUAUUGGGCUGCUAAGGAUCUUGAGAUUCAGCAGUUGUUCAACACGGCUGCCCCAGGAAACUUUUCUUAAAAGGUAACAUAACCAGCAUGGUGCACGCUUGGCAUUUUUACACAGGGUUGUUAUUAGCAUUAAUACUAAUACUGAGGUCUGUUAGGCAAUACAAGGGAUAAAAUCUCCCCCUCUUCCAAAAGUCACCAGCCCCGUGAGUCUCUGUGGGAGCAUAAUGCCCCAGUCACCUUUUCCUUGCCACCCCCAGGUUUUUCUGUAAAAAAGAGGAUCUUCCUAAAGCUCGCUUGCAAUGUUUGUACUUUGGAAGAAAAGGGAGGCCUUUAUUAAGGCAUUUGGGGAUGAUGGCUGAGUCGAAAAGGGCAGCCUGCUUUAGGUUCUCAUCUUACCUAUUCUUGAAACCUGCCCCACCUUCUCUGCCCUGUGUAGGAACAUAGGUAGAGGCCACAGCGAUGUCACACAUAUUUUCGGUCAUUUGUGCAAUGACGUCGUGACAUAUCCGAUGUUCCUUGCUUCCCGUCUCCUUGGCAGACCCCCACGUGGGCAAGAUCCACGCAAUGAAAUGCAGUGAACACCUGGCGCUCCUGUCUCACUUUGCACUCUCUGGAGGCAGUUGACCCUUGUACGGUGCUAGGCCUGGGCCAGGGUUCCCUUAAUGUUAGUCUAGACCAGUGUUCCUGAACCUCAGCAAGUUUAAGACGUGUGGACUUCAACUCCCAGAACUGGCAAUGCUUCGAAAGCUAGAGGUGGCACGCGUAACGUCUGGCAGGCAGAAACUCUCGAUAUCUUUUUUCCUCCCUUGGGAGUUACGGUAAGAAGGGCUUGCUUGUAGAUUUUCCUCACCCUGUCCCCUGUUGUUUCUGCCCUAGCUGGGAUGUGCAUGUCCUGUUGGCCAUGUUGCUUGGUUAUCAUGGAUACCUCCCUGCCAGCUGUCCUGGAUUGUCCCCAACGUCAGCACUUCUUACCCCCAUAGAUCCUCCUGUUCACUGUGUGGCCUUUUUUCCCCUCCCUGGCUGCUAAGGCAGAGAAAACUGCCCUCCACUUGAUUAUAGUAUUAAGGUUGCUCUGCAGAAGGAUUGUGUUCGUUUCUGUUAACA